UUUGAUAAUAUGUGUAAUUGUUAUGGGUUAAUUGUAAUUAAUUUUUAUUUAUAUCAUUGAUGGGACUUGUCCUGUUGUCUUAGACUAUUACUAUAUCCGCUGUUCUUCCAGCCGUGUAAGGAUUAAUGGAAAGUAAUUAAAUGAAUGAAUGUCUGUUUUAGUGCAUGAUGUAAUGUAGCACCUACACCAUGUUUGUAAUGUUUACUGAUGAAUUAUUUCAAUGUUUUGAGAUAAUAUGUAAUACUCUUACAGGGCUAUGGUAUGGGCAGGAAGAGUUGGGUUGUCCUGUACUACUGAUUCUGCUAGAAUGCUGCACAAUAAAGUUCUGUGCAACAAACAUUUCUCUGAAAGUGAUUUCACUACAGCUGAAAGGGUACACCUUAACAGAUGUGCAGUUCCAUAUGGCACAGAUUCUGCUGCACAGUCACUCCCACAACCUCCUGAUACUUCAUUACACACACCUUCCUUUGAUACCUUGCCUUCAGAUUUAUCUCCUGUACAUGAUCUUAAAGUCCUACCGCCCACCAGAACCUACAGCAAGACACUUGUGCCCUCUGCUGUAGCACCUGUUCCUAUUCAUGCAGACAGUCCUUCCACUUCCUUUCAAAUGUCUGCAAUCCAAUCAUCACCAACAACAGGCAACAUUUCUUCAGUGAAAGAAACCUCCUAUCUCUUAGGCUCUGGAAAUAUAUAUGCUUCUGAUGGGGCACUCGGGCAUAUCAGUUGUCAAAGUUCCUCCUCAAAGCCGAGAGCAAGGCGUUCUCUGCUGAAAGAACUUAAUUUGGCUUCGCUUUCUGAAUUGACACCGAAGAAAAGGAAAUUAUAUGCACAAAUUCGGAAUAAGGAGAGUGCACUCUGCAAACUGAAAAAGAAAUACAAAGGAAAGAAGUUGGAAAAUCUCUGUGAUGUGGACAGUGGUCCACUCAUGGAGAGGCUUUCAUCUUCUCUCAGUGUAGAGGCUGCCAGGUUA